UUCAAAUGUCAUAAGAUGAAUAUCUUGUCAUUAUUUACCGCCAAAAGUAAAAAAAAAAUAGCAAAACUACAAAGAUAUACUGUAAUACGAUUUAUAAAUUAUGAAGUAAUAUCCAUUUAUGUUUUGAAAAGUUGAACAUUAGUAACAAUGUCCCUUAAACGAGGAGCUUUAAUAGUUAUUGAAGGUGUAGAUAGAACUGGUAAAUCGACACAAAGUAAAAACUUAGUUGAAAAUUUAAACAAUCGGAAAAUUAAAGCAGAAUACGUAAAUUUCCCUGACAGGAGUACUGAAAUUGGCAAAGUGAUUAACAGCUACUUGAAGUCUAAGAAUGAUUUAUCCGAUGAAACAAUUCACCUAUUAUUCUCCGCAAAUCGUUGGGAGAAAGCUCGCAGUUUAAUAAAAAAGUUGGAAGAAGGUAUAAGUAUUAUUGUGGACAGAUAUUGCUACUCAGGUGUGGCAUUUACUGCUGCAAAAGGUUAUGAUAUAAAUUGGUGUAAGUCACCAGACUCCGGUUUACCAAAACCUGAUAAGGUAUUUUUUCUUACUAUGCCACUUGACAAUAUUCUACAGAGAAAUGGAUUUGGCAAUGAGAGGUACGAGGUGUUAGACUUUCAAAAAAGGGUAUCAGAAAUGUAUGAUAAAUUAAGAGAUGAUAAUUGGGAUGUUUUAGAUGCCAGGAGAUCAAUAGAGGCAAUUGAGGAUGAAUUACUAGAAAAGUCAAUAGAUGUUAUUAAAACUGCUGAAUUAAAUCCUAUAGAUAAAAUAUGGGUUAAAUAAAUAAUUUAAGUUUAAUAAUUGUCAUAUCUAAAUUAUUUAAUCAU